GCAGAUUUAUCUACACCCUGUCGGCUUCUUUCCUGGUCGGCUUACCGGAGGCAUGUGCCAAAGCUUCUGGCAGCCCACCGUGGAGAUGAUCGAUCCCACAGGAGCUGGUCGACACGGGAGCUAGGCGUAGGCUCGGUCAACAUGGCUCAGCCAAUGCAUUCAUCAUCCUGCCUCUGCCUUUGCCCGUGCCUUCCCAGCCAGGCCGUAGACGCGCAGCUUGAGCUUGAUUUCAGAUCAAGUGCUUACCGCUAGUAAAUGACCGUCGACGCCUGAAACUCUUCGCAUCAACCGUCCCUCUCUCUCGAACACCCAGAGGCCUGCACCUGCUGUCAUCCCCCACUCGCAGUCGUUGAGAUGGGGUGGUCAGUGAUACUUGGGACUGUGCUGGCACUUGUGGCCGGCAGCUACUUGCUCCAGGGCUUCAUCUUCUCCCAACGCGACCCUCAGGAGCCGGCUUAUAUCCAACCAAGUGUACCACUGAUCGGCCACUUUCUUAACUAUCUAAAGAAUGGAACGCCUUACUUCAGUCAUGUAGAGGCCAAAUUCCCCCACCUGGCCAUCUUCUCACUGCCAAUCUUCUCAUUCAAAUUGUACAUCGUCGCAGACCGGCAGAUCUUCUCAGCUGUCCAGCGGAAUGCCAAGACCGUAUCCUUCACACCAUUUGCCAGACAAGUCACAAAGAUCCUGAGUGGUGUCUCGGACAAGACUGCCAGAGCAGCCGACACCUUGUCCGAGGACGAGGAUACUCGCACCUUGGCCCGUCUGUUCCACCAUGCCGAAGCGUCGACUCUUGCGAACGGACCCUCGCUGGACCGCAUCAACCGGGUCAGUUCUCAGGAGAAGCUCAGAUUGGUCGACGAGCUCGUCCUGGAGUCUUCAGAGAACCCGGUGGCCGUUGAGCUGUACGGCUGGGUCCAGGAGGUCAUCACCAUGUCAGCCACGACUGGCUUCUACGGACCCCAGAACCCGUACAAGGACCCGCAGCACAAGAAGGAUUUCUGGACAUUCAACGACAAGAUUGCACUGAUCACUGCUAACCUGGCCUGGCUCUUCGCGCCCAAGGCCCACAAGGCCCGCAAGGACAACUGCGCACGAUAUGGGGCCUACUACCGCGCCGGCGGUGUCGAACACGCGUCAGACUUCGUCAAGGAGAGGACCCGCAUCCUCAUCGACAGCGGCGCACCCCCGAUGGAAGCGGUCGCCAUCAACACCGGCUUCGACGUCGCGCUCCUCAGCAAUUACACCGGCAUCGCCUUCUGGACCGUCUGGAACGUCAUUUCCCGGCCCGAACUGCUCGCGGCCGCGAGAAAAGAGGCAGAAACUGCGAUUAUCAGAGGCGGGGAUGGAGACGCGGAUUUCACUCUCGACCUGUCGGUCCUGCGCACCUCGUGUCCGCUCCUGGUCUCGGUGCUACAGGAGACACAGCGCCUGAAGAUGUGGCACGCCAACAUCCGUGAGGUGAUCAGUGACACGAAGAUCAGCGCGGCAGGCAGGGAUUAUAUGCUCAAGAAGGGGAACUAUGUACAGCUUCAUGGCCCGCCUGUCCUGCUCAGCAAGGAGUUAUGGGGUGAGAACGCAGACAAUUUCGACCCCCGCAGGUUCAUCAAGAAGGACGACCCGAGCGGCUCCGUCCUGACCCCCAACCAGCUCCCGUCCAUGGCCUUCCCCGUCUGGGGCGUGGCCCCCCAUGUCUGCCCCGCGCGCUUCUACGCCAGCACGGGCGUGCUGGUCCUCGUCGCCCUGAUGAUCCUCAAGCUCGACAUCUCGCCGGCCGGCGGCGAGGGGGCUGCGGACCAGGCGUGGCCGGAGUUCGGGGAGAUGUUCAACUACUCGGCCGUGUCGCAGCCGACGGUGCCAGUCAAUGUGUCUGUGAGGUCGAGAAAGGAGUGGAUGGGGCGGUGGGGGGUCACCGUCGGGACCCCUAAUACUAGAUUGCAGUUUUCUGUGGCGUGAGAGGGCGUUUCUCUGGGCACAUGGUAGAAUGUUG